CUCAAGGACGCGUCCCGAAGGCGGGUGGUGGCCAUUGGUGGGAUGAGCAAACCGAGUUCCCGGAUGAGGGAACAUUCUGCAGUAUAAAGGGAGCGGGGAAGGCGGGAGACAGCGCAGUUUGAAUCGCGGUGCGGUGGAGGAGUAGGUGGUGGCAUCUCGUUGUGUGUCUGAUUAGCCCUUUCUCUGCUUUGCUUGUUUGAGCUUCAGCAGAAUUCGAAAUGGCUGGCGGCAAGGCUGGGAAGGACUCCGGAAAGGCCAAGACAAAGGCGGUUUCCCGCUCCCAGAGAGCAGGCUUGCAGUUCCCAGUGGGCCGCAUCCAUCGACACCUGAAAUCCAGGACGACCAGUCAUGGACGUGUGGGCGCCACCGCCGCAGUGUACAGCGCAGCCAUCCUGGAGUACCUCACCGCAGAGGUACUUGAACUGGCAGGAAAUGCUUCAAAAGACUUGAAGGUAAAGCGUAUUACCCCUCGUCACUUGCAACUUGCCAUUCGUGGAGAUGAAGAAUUGGAUUCUCUCAUCAAGGCUACAAUUGCUGGUGGCGGUGUCAUUCCACACAUCCACAAAUCUCUGAUUGGGAAGAAAGGACAACAGAAGACUGUCUAGAGGAUGCCUGGAUUCCUUAUAUUCUCAGGACUCUAAAUACUCUUAGCAGCUGUCCAGUGUUGGUGAUUCCAGUGGACUGUAUCUCUGUGAAAAACACAAUUUUGCCUUUUUGUAAUUCUAUUUGAGCAAGUUGGAAGUUUAAUUAGCUUUCCAACCAACCAAAUUUCUGCAUUCGAGUCUUAACCAUAUUUAAGUGUUACUGUGGCUUCAAAGAAGCUAUUGAUUCCGAAGUAGUGGGUUUUGAUUGAGUUGACUGUUUUUAAAAAACUGUUUAGCUUUUAAUUGUGAUGCAGAAGUUAUAGUAACAAACAUUUGGUUUUGUACAGACAUUAUUUCCACUCUGGUGGAUAAGCUCAAUAAAGGUCAUAUCCCAAACUA